UUAAUUUUGCCGUCACACCGCUCCAACAUUCGAAUCUGAUCGCUUGUAAUAGUAAGAGAGAGAGAGAGAGAUUGCGAGAGCAGUACCACCACGGCGAUGUUUUUGCAGAGUUCUUCGAUCCUUUUUCUUCUCUCCUUCUCACUCCAAUCUUUCUACUUCGCAAGCUCGCAGUCCUUUAUUGGAGUUAACUAUGGGGAGGUCGCCGAUAACCUUCCACCACCGCCGGCGACGGCGAAGCUCCUCCAGUCAACAAGCAUAGAGAAGGUGAGGCUAUACGGCGCCGAUCCGGCGAUUAUAAAAGCAUUGGCGAAUACUGGCAUUGCGAUUGUGAUUGGAGCAGCCAACGGUGAUAUUCCGGCGUUGGCCUCCGAUCCGAAUUUCGCGGGUCAGUGGGUUAACUCGAAUGUCAUGGCGUAUUACCCAGCCAGUAAAAUCAUCGUCGUUACGGUCGGUAACGAGGUCAUGACCUCCGGCGAUCAAAACCUGAUGGGACAACUCGUGCCUGCUAUGCAAAACAUCCAAAAGGCCCUCAAUGCAGCUUCCCUAGGUGGGAGAGUCAAGGUCUCAACUGUACAUUCAAUGGCUGUGCUGACUCAGUCUGACCCGCCUUCAGCCGGAAUCUUCAACCCGGGCUUUGGUGACACAAUGAGAGCAUUGUUGCAAUUUCAUGGGGCAAAUGCUGCACCUUUUAUGAUCAACCCAUAUCCGUUCUUCGCAUACCAAAGCGAUCCAAGGGCUGAAACUCUAGCGUUUUGUCUGUUCCAGCCCAACGCGGGACGAGUCGACUCAAGGAACGGUAUCAAGUACAUGAACAUGUUCGAUGCCCAGGUUGAUGCUGUACGAUCUGCAUUGAAUGCCAUGGGAUUUCAAGACGUCGAAAUUGUGGUCGCUGAAACAGGGUGGCCUUACAAGGGGGACCCCAACGAAGUUGGCCCGAGUGUGGACAAUGCAAGAGCCUAUACAGGCAACUUGAUAAAUCAUCUCAGAUCAAUGGUUGGCACUCCUCUGAUGCCCGGAAAGUCGGUGGAUACCUAUCUAUUUGCACUCUAUGAUGAAGAUUUGAAACCUGGGCCAGGCUCUGAACGAUCAUUUGGCCUUUUCAGGCCUGAUCUUUCCAUGACCUACAAUGUUGAUCUUUCAAAGCAUAGCCAGACUCCCGCAACUCCUGCUCCGACAACUCCAGCGACUCCAACUACUCCAGUAACUCCAAAACCAACACCAGCAGCAUAUUGGUGUGUGCCCAAAUCUGGCCUUUCCGAUGCUCAGUUGCAGGCAAAUCUUGAUUAUGCUUGUGGCCAAGGCAUUGAUUGUAGUCCAAUUCAAACUGGCGGAGCGUGUUUUGAACCAAAUACUGUUGCAUGUCAUGCUGCUUAUGCAAUGAAUCUCCUGUAUCAAACUGCAGGCAGGAAUCCAUGGAAUUGCGAUUUCUCACAAACGGCAACACUCAGUUCAAGUAAUCCUAGUUAUAAUGGGUGCAAUUACCCUGGUGGGAGUACCUAAAUAAGGUGAGGAAAUUCUUUUGAUAGUUAAUUAAUUAAUAUUUACAAUAAGUGUGGUGGAAGUAACUUGUGGAAUUUUAUUUGAUAGCAGUGUAAAUGGUAAUGGUUCUUGUAAUCUUGUAUGAAUAAUUACCCAAAACUAUCUCAGAAUGUCUUCAUCAAAUACACAUAUAUCUGAGAGGAAUAGAUGAGAGAUAGAACUCAAGGGAAUGUAGAAGUGUCUCACCUCUAUGUGAAGUUGUAAUUCAACAACUUAUUUAUGGUUACUUAAGAAAACUGUUGAAUUGAAAAUAAACUUUAUCUAACAUUAGAAUUUAUAAUUAGUCAAAUGAUCGUAUUGAAUUAUGUCUCUUAUUAGAUCUCUAUAACAUUGCUCAUAUAAUA